CAGUUAGGAGAGAUAUUUUGAUAAUCGUGUUUCAUUCAGUUACGGGUAUUAUAGGAUCCCCGUGACAACCCUCUACGAACAAGUGACCCCGAGGACGACAUUUUUACUUCCUGGUCGGAGAAAUGUCACAAAAUGUCGAAGUGCUGGUCCUGUCUGCUUCUCGUGGCAUCGUGGAUUUAUUUUAAAACACACUCAGUGUCAGACGCCUGCAGCUUUGGAAAAUAUGGAUUGAACUGCAGCUAUACCUGUCACUGUACUGCUGACAACUGCUAUGGCACAGGAUGUUCUGACAACUGCGAGGAAGGGUGGUCAGGAUCAAAAUGCACUAAAGAAAAUGUAGCUGUAAACAAAACUGCCUACCAGAGUGCACUGUUUAAGGAUGGCUCAGCGAAUGGUCCCCUGACAGCUGUAGAUGGCAACAAUAAUCAAAAUAAUAAUUAUUGCUUACUAACUGAUACCGGUCAUGAAUACACGUGGUGGGAAGUAGACUUAGGAAGAGAUUACUACAUACACCACACAGUAAUCUAUUUCCGUACUCCUUAUGAACUUCGUAAAAAUGGCGUACAACUAUACAGUUCCAAACAACCACGCCAAAAUAACACUGGCCACGGUUGUGGAAGCAUAUCUACCAGUAGCCCGAAUAUAGCAACCUUGAUAUGCAAUGACACAGCUAGAUACAUCACACUUUACAGAAGUACGGGUGAUUCGGCAAUGGAUUUCUGUGAAGUUCAAGUAUUUGUCUGUGAUGCAUGCAGUUUUGGUUAUGACUGCAGCAAAUUUUGUCAUUGUCGAGAUGCACCGUGUAACUAUGUAACUGGAGAAUGUACUGGAGGAUGUAAACCAGACUGGACUGGACGCACGUGCAGUGUAUGUGUUUCUGAUCAUUAUGGACCACUGUGUGAAAACUCUUGCUCCAGCAGACACUGUGACGAAUCACGAAGUAAUUCAUCAUGUAACAAAAUGACUGGACGAUGUGAUGAUGAAUGUAUUCCAGGAUGGAUGGAUCAGGACUGUACAAAGAAAUGUUCAGAAUCUAAAUAUGGUCAGGACUGUGCCAAUUUCUGCAGUCAGCGAAAAUGUCUUGGAAACUCAUCUUGUAAUCAUGUGAAUGGGAAGUGUGAUCAUGGUUGUGAUCGAGGAUAUCAGUCAGAAGAUUGUACUAAGGUGUGUCCCUCUGACAAAUACGGAUUCAACUGUAUCAUGUCUUGCGAGAAGAGAAACUGUUAUGGAAAUUCGGUGUGUGACAGUCUUAAUGGGACAUGUGUCAAUGGCUGCUUAAAAGGCUGGGAUUUACCAGACUGUGUCACUGAAUGCCACAACAAUACUUUUGGACCUAGCUGCAUGUUUAAAUGUAGUGAACGACUCUGCAAGGGAGACAACUCAACAUGUGAUAUUGAAGAUGGUGUUUGUCAAUAUGGUUGUCAGACAGGCUGGAAGAAUGCAAAUUGUACUGAAAAAUGUGACAGUGGUUCGUAUGGUCCAGACUGUGCAUUUGACUGUAACAAGAGACACUGUAAGACUAAAUCAGCCAGCUGUAAUCAUGUUAACGGAUCAUGCGGAGGGGAAUGUGAGAAUAACUACAAAGGCAUAGACUGUGCAGGAUGUGAUGGGAAAUAUGGCCCGGAAUGCAGUUCGGCAUGCACUUCCAGACACUGUAAAGCUGAUGAUGCACCAUGUGAUUACGUGACUGGUUUAUGUGAUGGACCAUGUAAUGCUGGUUGGCAAGGAGAUACGUGCACAGAUAAAUGUGACACUGGCAAAUACGGUGAUAAAUGUGCCAUGUUCUGUGCGAUCAGAAAUUGCAUCAAUAAAGAUGUCUGUCCUCGUGAAGAUGGAGAGUGUUUAGGUGGAUGCAACUUUGGAUAUGAAGGACUGGACUGCUUGCGAGCCCAAGCUGUCACUUCCAACAGUGAUUCUACCACCAUUGCCGUUUCCGUUGUGGCGUGUGUUCUGUUUGUAGUGUUGGUUAUAGUGACGAGUCUUUUCAUCUGGCACCUCAAAAGCCAUAGAGUGAAGUCGGACUCGUAUCAACAAGAGAUGAGAAAAACAAACUCGAACCCACCCAGCCAACCUACAGACCCCAGUGUUGUAGAAUAUGAAAUCGUCGAUAGACAAGAUGGCGGCCGCAACAGUUCGAGGGCUUUCAGUUCUCAACAAGUCGAUACAUCUCGUUCAGCCAAUUAUGUCAAUUCAUCGACGUCACGUGAUCAAAUUGAUGCCCAGCCGAGACAUUAUUUGAGUGGGGGUGGCUAUGUUAAUGCAGGCCAAACGAAUGAAUACGAAAAGCUUGAUUUAUCCAACGCACCACAGAAUGACUAUGAUAGGAUAACUGGAGUCUAGACAACUGGGAAUUGAAACGUGUUCAUAAGCUAGAGAUUACCGAGUGAUGAUACAACAUUUAUUAUACUAGCAGUAGCAGCUGUAGGAUAUUUUGAUUUUAGGUAGAUGGUGCAAUGUGAGAAAAGGACACCUUCAGUAUUGCAAAGUACACUGACGUGCAUUUGACAAACGAUGGGGCGAGACGUAGCCCUGUGGUAAAGUGCAUACCUGGUGCGCGGUCGGUCUAGGAUCGACCCCUAUCGGUGUGCGCAUCGGGCUAUUUCUCGUUCCAGCUAGUGCACCAC